UGAAGAUUCUUCACUUGAUGGUGAAGAAAUUUCUCCUCAUCUCGGGUCCUAAAUGGUUUACCCCAUAACCAUAGACUGUGACCCUUGGUUCUGGACUUGCUGGUCAUUAGGAACAUCGUCUCUGUAGCUAUCCUGUCUAGUCCAAUGGCAUAUUGGCCUUCAUUCCAAGAAGAUUUGAAUUCAAAUGUAGUUGUCUUACUAGAGUUAUACAGGGUCUCAUGAGACGACACCUGGAGGCUUGCAUGCAGUUUUGGACUCCCUACCGAAGGAUACACUUGCCAUAGAGGGAGUGCAGCAGAGGUUCAUUAGGCUGAUAUUGGGAAUGGCAGGAUUAUCCUAUGAUGAGAGACUGGUUUGAGUAGAUUUAUAUUCACUAGAGUUUAGAAAGAUAAGACGGAAUCUGAUUGGAAUGUAUAAAGUUUGAAUAGGGCUAACAUCAUCUAAUGAAACAUUACACAGAGCAGUAUGGCGCACGAGCAGACCCUUCGACCCACUAUGUUGAUACCGAUCAUGAUGCCACUUAACUAUUUUUGCAUCAAUCUUUACGGUUGAACAUUACAUUAAUACUAAAAAAUAUGGGGAAAGAAUUAGGUGCCAUCACUAAAGAAAUAAUAUUAUUCCAACCCAAUGUGCCUGGCCCUGAUGGCUUGCAUUCUAGGAUCCUAAACAAAGUAGCUACAGAUAUCCUAAAUGCAUUAGUUGUAAUUUUUCCAAAAAGUGUUGGAUUCUGGAGAAGUACUGGGGGAUUGCAAAACGGCCAAUGUGACACCCCUAUUCAAAAAGGGAGGCAGGCAAAAAUGUGUAACAAAAGGAUGAUUAGCCUAAUAUUUAUUUAUGGAAAAAUGUUGGAAUCAAUUUGUAAGGAAAUAAAAGCAGCACAUUUGGAAAAUCUAAUCUAAGCAUGUAGAGUUAGCAUAGCUUCAUGAAAGGGAAAUAGUAUCUGCUAAUUUAUUUGUGUUUUUAAAGUAAAUCUCAACCAGAGUGGACAGAGGGGAACCUGAGGAUGUGUUGUCCUUGGACUUCCGGAAGGCAUUCAAUAAGGCACCUCACAAAAAUCAUUAAAGCUUAUGGAGCUGGAGGUAGAGUAUUGGCAUGGAUAGCGAACUGGCUUAUCAGUAGAAAAUGAUAAGUAGUGAAAAAAGUUUUUUUUCCAAGAUUGACAACUGGUGACCAGUGGGGUUCCACAGGGUUCAGUGGUGGAACUGCAAUUGUUCAUAAUAUGUAGUAAUGAUUUGGAAGAAGGAAGUGAAUGUACUGUAGUCAAGUUUGCGGACACAAAAAUAAACAGAAAGGCAGGUUGUGAGUUUACAGAGAGAUAUCAACUGGGUGAAGUAAGUGGGCAAAUGGAGUACUGUGUGGGAUACCACAAAGUUGUUCAUUUUGUAAGGAGAAACAAUAUGAUUUAAAUGGAGAAAACACUGAAAAUGCUGCCAUAACAAAGGGACUUGUGCAUGAAAAAAAACUAGCACAGGUAUAGCAGGAAGGCUCAUGGAAUGUUGGCCCUUAUUUCAAGGGUGUUGGAGAAUAAGUGAGAAAGUUUUACUGCAACUGUACAAGGUACUGGUGAGACCCCAUCUGGAGUACUGAGAGCAGCUUUGGUCCCUGUAUUUAAGGAAAGAUUUUAUUUCAUUGGAGUCAGUUCGGAGAAGGUUCACAAGAAUGAUCCCUGGUAUAGAGGCAUUGUCUCAUGAGCAAAGGCUCAACAGGUUGGCUGUGUAGUCGCUGGAGUUUAAAAGAAUGAGAGGUGAUCUCAUUGAUAGAUAUAGGAUUCUUAAGGAGCUUGACAGGAUAAAUGCUGACAGUAUGCUUCUCUUCACGGGAGAAUCUAGGACCAGAAGGCAUAGUGUCAGAAUAAAGGCAUGUCAAAUUUAAAACCAAAAUGAGGAGGAAUUCUUUUCAAAGUGUGUCUUCGGAACACUUUGCCAGAGAGCUGUGGGAGCAUUAUCCUUGUGUAUAUUUAAGGCUGAGAUAGCUAAAUUCUCGAUUAGUAGGGGAAUCAAGGAUUCUGGGCAAGGGCAGGGAAGGGGGCAUGAGGAAUGUAAGAUCAGCCAGAAUCUUUUUAAAUGGCAAAACAGGCUCGAGGGGCUGAAUAACCUACUCCUGUUCCUGUUUCCUGUGGUCUCAUGGCUGGUCAGACUAGAUGCCAGGAUGUUUCCUCUGGUCUAAGAAUCUAGAACCAUUGGACACAGUCUCAGGAUUUAGGGUUGGCCAUUUAGGACUGAGAUGAGGAAAGAUUUCUUCACUCACAAGGGUCAACUUGCAGAAUUCUCUACCACAGAAAACCGUGGAGGCCGGGUUGCUGAAUAUAUUCAAGACAGACAUACAGGUAGAUUUUUUUUUUAGAUUUUAAAGGCAGCAAAGAGUGUGGAAAUAAAGCAAGAAUAUGGGAUUGAGAAAGAGGAUCAGCUUGAUCAUUUUACAUUGUAGAACAGGUUCAAAGGGAUGAAACACCUAGUUCUGCUCCUAGUUUCAAUGUUUCAUACUAUUGACCAUGGAAAGAACCAGGUAAAAUAAUUAACUUUAUACUGUGACCUAUAGAGUCAUGGAGUCAAGACAGUGCACCCCUCCCAUUUCAGUUCUAACAGUUUGUCAUUCAGGGAGAUCUGGAAUUGUUUGCACUGCACUCACCUUUCAAAGGAAUAUACCAUGACUGUGUCUGAACUAACUCCUCUUUGAUGGUUAUCCAUUGUUCAGCUAUCAUUUUUCCUACCAUGUUUUGACUUUUUACUAACUAAAUUCUACAAGCUGCAAUGGUAAGAUUGGAAAAGUCUCCCCAAGCUUCUGGAUGAGAGAAAAUCCUCGCUUAACAUCACUUUGUUCAAUGUUGCUUUGCUUUAACAGGUUCUCAGUUGGGAGAAUUAAGUCUUUGAAUGUCACAACAUUUAUCAUUACACAACACAGACACUGAACAUUACAUGGUUUCGGAGGCACCAUUUUGACAUGGGCAAGGUAAGAUUGGUGUUAUUUUCUCAGUGGAUUGUUGGGUAGGAAAACAGUAUAAAACUAAUUACAGGUGAAUUGUGGCAGUCAUCCUGGACUAGCCCCUAUUCUAUUGAACCUGCAAGCUUCUGUUGGUUUUGGAGCACCAAUUGGGGCCCUUCUGCGACUAGUUUGUGCUAGUUGGUAACAGUCACCAUGUUGAACCAGUUUGGAAGUUGCCUGAAAUGUUUAUAUUGCAGAUAAUUUACUGCUUUGGUGCCUUAAAAUACUGCUUAAAUGUGAAUCAAAAAUGCCCAAAAACUGGUGUCAGAGAGUCUGGUGCUAUUGCUAUGAAGGCUUCGUAUUUAAUUUUUUUCCCCUCAGAGGACUUCAGUUUAGAAGCAUUGUGGAAAAAUUGAUUUAUUUCAAGUUUUGUGGAGAUUUGAUUGGACUGAUUUAUUUUAAUUUUUGUGGAUUGAUUUAUUUCAAGUUCUGUUUCAACCAGGGGAGAGCUAGUUCUGCUUGGAAUUUCAGUUAGGGAGAAGCUUGUAAGAAAACAGCUACCCAGCACAGCUCUCCUGUUUUAGGAGUAGAACGUUUGAUGGAAGUUUAAUAUAGCACGUACAGCCCUGGUUCAGCUUCUCUAGCCAGAAAACCUCUGAAAGAGUUUGUCAAUAUUUCUUUGACAAUUGCAUUCACAAAAGUCAUCAACAAUAACUGCACAUGUUCAACAACAUCCUUUUUUCUGCACAAGAAUGUCAUACUGACAACAAACUGAACAUCUCAACCCUUAUUCUUUUUGAUUUCAAGAACUCAAGACUUAUUGACCAAUUCUUUUCUAAAGAGCAAAACUCUGCAGAAAGAAUUUUAUUUUCUGUUUCUCUUUGCAUGAUGUUGCAUUUUGGAAUAUCUAAAGGGACAAAUGUUUAUACUUACAUGUCACAAACUGUUAAUGACUUCUGCACCAUCAUUAAAUUGUUUAUAAUAAAUCAUUUAGUACUUAUUUAAGAAGCCUGGUUAGUGGUUGUUUACAUGUUAAGUCGAAAAUAACAAAAGUAUAUAAUUGACUGUAAGGAGACUCAUGUUACGAGCUGUCGAGUAGCGAAUCUAGAUUAAGACUAUACAUUCCUCUUGUCAGAGUCGUGUUACGGUCGAGUGAAAAAGAAAAUCUAUUUCUUUACCCCAUUUCAAAAGUGUUGCAAGGUUAGAAAACAAACAGUUGAGAUCGGGAGAGCACUCGGACAAUCAAUCAAAAUAGUAUCUGGUAGAAAGAGAUCCAUUAACAAAAACCAAAAGCUGUCCAAGUCUUUGGAUAGAUUUCUUUUCAAGGUCAUUGAUGAUCCUGCAUGUGUGUCCCAUCAAAACCUGCUCCUCCAACCUACAUUGCCUUCAACUCACUUUGGGGAAUGAGCCUCUGUAUGCAGAAGAUGCUUGUCUACGCAGUCUGAGUCAUACAGCAUGGAAACAGACCCUUCAGUCCAACUUAUCCAUGCCAACCAGACAUCCCACUCUGGCCUAGUCCCAUUUGCCAGCAUUUGGCCUAUAUUCCUCUAAAUUCUUACUAUCCAUAUAUCCUGCGACCACACAUGCACCACCCUCUCCAUAUAAACGUUAUCCCUCAGGUCCUUUUUAAAUCUUCCCCUCUCAUCUUAAACUACCGUCUCUGGUUUUGGACUUCCCCACCCUAGGAAAAAGACCUUGGCUAUUCACCCUAUCCAUGCCCCUCAUGAUUUUAUAAACCUGUAUAAGGUCACCCAUCAACCUCUGAUGCUCCAGGGAAACAAGCCGCAGCCUAUUCAGGCUGUCCUUAUAGCUUGUUCCAGUUCCAGCAACACGCUUGAAAAUCGUUUCUGCACCCAUGAAAGUCUUUGAGAAAAUGAGCCUUUCACUAUGAAACAAAGAAAGGAUCCCCCAACCAUUAUGUCAGGCCAGUGGCGAGGUGCUGGAAAACAUGAAUCACUUUCCAUAUCUUCUGAGCCACCUUGUGACAAAAAUCAAGCAUAACUCAUUGCCUCAUUCAUCGAAAAACUGAAGAAGACAACAUUUGGGGAUCAGGAUCUCAAAGCUGAGACAAAGGUCAAGGUUACCCAGGUAGCCAUGAUCCCCACAUCCUCUGUUUCAAAGACUUUGACAAUUUACAGCAGGAACUUCAAAGCGCGGGGCAAAUACCACAACAGUACCUUGGCAAGAUUCUCCUAAUCCAGUGGCAAGGAAAACAGUUCAACAGCAGCAUCUUCUACCAAGCCAACUUUCCCAGCAACCAUUUGCUAACUAGUUACGACCAGGUCCAAUGAAAUGCAGUACAAAUGUCCUCAUGGAUUUUCUGAAGAGGCCAAACAUGCCCACCAACUGACAAGAGCCCCUGGUUUGUGACUGGUCAAAAUGGAGAAGGUUUAUUAAGAAACUUUUGGGCAGGGCAGGGGAAUCUGAGAGUGCGCACAAACCACGAAACAAUCCAUCUACCUCACCUCAGUCCUCCAAGCACUAUCUGCCCUACAUAUGGUAAUCUGUACAAUGUUCAUCAAGUCACUCAGAACCCAUCAAACCAGACUGAAAGCAGUCAUCCUCGAUCCUGAGGGACUGCUGGAAAAGAAAGACUGGGGGACUUUAAAGGCGAUGAAUCUUGUGCCCGGGAGCCGGCGUCCCACAGCAGAAUAUUUCUGCCAUCUGCAGAGAGAGAAGAGGAAACAUGAGAGAUAACGAGGCAGCAAUAGAAGAGGUUGGAAGAUGCCCUGUCCAGAAUGUGGCUCCUCUGAGGUAGUAGAGGAUUCCCACUACAGCCAGAGCCACUUGGUAUGUACGGAGUGUGGCUUCCUGCUGACCGAGGGCCUGCUCACCACCACACGCUCUGAGGAAACUUUCUCCCAAGCAGUGAGAUACAGUGAGAGCACGGCAGAGGUGAAAAAGCCUUGUCGCAACCAGAUACAAGGUCAGAAGAGAGUACAUGACCUGUGUCGGAUUUUGCGAGUACGUCCAGUUGUUGAAGACACAGCCAGCGAGCUUUACUUGAAGGUGUAUGAGCAUCAAAGCUUCCUGCAUGUCACUCUGGAGAAGAAGGAAGCCUUGGUGGGCUGCUGUGUUCACAUCUCAUGUCGCCAGCACAAUUGGCCUCUGACCCUGAGUACUAUCUGCUCGCUGCUUCACGUGGAGCCCACCCUCUUCUCAACUGUCUACCAGCAUCUGCUAAAAGAACUAAGGCUGGAUAUCCCAACGCUCAGCCUUUUGGAUCUUGUGAAAACUCACUGUGAUGGUUUUAAUUUGUUCCAGAAUUCUGCAUCAAUCCCAUCCCAGUUUCUGGAGAAUAAAGAAAAGGUGGUGGAACGUGCCAUGCAGCUUGUGGAGCUCGCCAGUGAGACUUGGCUGGUGACUGGAAGACACCCAGUGCCUAUUAUCACGGCAGCGGCUUAUCUGGCCUGGCAGUCACUGCUGCCUGGACACCGUCUGAAGUGCAGCCUGGGAAGGUUCUGCAAGCUGGUGGGAGUCAGGCAGCCACCACCUGCCUCUCAGCGGGUGAAGGAGAUGCUUGACAUUCUGGUCAGGCUGGCAUCACAGCUUGCCUGGUUGGUACCACAGCAGCUUGAUGCUAAGACUGUGGUGAAGUACACCGAUGAUAUUCUCCGCCACCGUACCCUGUUACUCAAGCAGACGCUGAGCCUUGCAUGGGCAGAGAACACAAAUGCGCAGACAGACCUGAGCAAACAAACAGAAAUGGGUGCAGGUGCUGAGGGUGGGAGCGGGGAUGGGGAUGGGGAUGGUGGGGAGUCAGUGCCCUCCCUUGCAGACCAUGUAGGAGACGAGGUGUCAAGGCAGAAGCGCAAAACACCAGUCUUCCUCCCUCCGUGCCUCAACCAAAGGAAGAGGAAGAAGGCAUGCCCAGAAGCAGAGGCCAGCCUCCACACUGAGCCAACCACUGGAGAGGAGGAGAUAUCUGACAGUGAAAUUGAGCAGUACUUGAGGACGCCCGAGGAAGUGGCAGCCUUCAAGGCAGCACGUGCCAUCCUUUGAGCGGCACUGCCUAAUCAUUUCACUGAGUGCUUGUUGUAGAGAAACAGAGCCUCUUCUCAUCCUAUGCAGAGUCUCUGAGCUGAAGGAAGAAGAAACUAUCAUCCCCUCGCUAACUGAAAACUGUAAAUUAGACUGAUUAGAGUUUGGUGCCUUGUGCAAUGUGGUAUCAGUAAAGUAGAUAUUAAAUUUCCAACAGCACUGCA